GAGCUCGCCCCCACACUGUUCCCGUUUUUGUUAAGCUCUCGCUUAACCUAACCGCCGGAAGUGUUCGACGAAAUGACGAACGCCGGGGCGGCGACGGGCGCCGUGCUGGGCGCGCGCACGGCGCGCUCCUGCGACGGCUGCAUGCGUCGGCGGGCGCGGUGGCACUGCCCCGCUGACGACGCCUUCCUGUGCCAGGCCUGCGACACCUCCGUCCACUCGGCCAACCCGCUCGCGCGCCGCCACCACCGCGUCCGCCUCCCCUCGGCGUCCUGCUCCUCCCCUCCCCGCGACCCCGACGCGCCCGCGUGGCUCCACGGCCUCAAGCGCCGGCCGCGGACGCCGCGGUCCAAACCAGGGGUGAGCAAGCACGAGACCACGCCCGCCUCGAUCGCCGCCGCCGUGUCGGCGGCGGUGCCCGACCUCGAGGCGGAGGAGUCUGCAGGCUCCGGCAUCGUGGGCGACAACGACUACCACGGGUUGGAGGAGGACGAUGAGGACCUUCUGUACCGCGUCCCGGUGUUCGACCCCAUGCUCGCGGAGCUCUACAACCCCGUGGCCGACGAGGGGGAGCAGAAGCCGGCGGCCUGCCUGAUCUCGUCUCUCGCGGAGACGUCGCCGGAGUUCGCCUCCGGCUUGGCGGAGGCGGACGGGCUCUCCGGGUACGACGUCCCGGACAUGGAGCUCGCUAGCUUCGCCGCGGACAUGGAGAGCCUCCUCAUGGGAGUCGACGAGGGGUUUGACGAUCUGGGAUUCUUGGACGAGGAGAAGCCUCAGGUGAACGUGGACUUGGGCAGCAUGAACCUCGAGACCAUGGCGGUGCCGGCGCCGGAACGAGAUGACAAGAAGAGGAAGCGGCCAGAGAUGAUACUCAAGCUCAACUACGACGGAGUCAUCGCCUCGUGGGCCCGUGACGGCGGAUCGCCGUGGUUCCACGGCGAGCGUCCUCACCUCGAUCCUCACGAGUCAUGGUCGGACUUCCCGGCGGGGAGCAGGGGACUCCUCGGCGGCACCGUGACGGCGGUGACCGGCGGCGAGCGGGAGGCGCGGGUGUCGCGGUACCGGGAGAAGCGGCGGACGCGGCUGUUCGCCAAGAAGAUCCGGUACGAGGUGCGCAAGCUCAACGCCGAGAAGCGGCCGCGUAUGAAGGGCCGGUUCGUGAAGCGCAGCUCGCUGCCGCCGCUGCCGAGGCCGCCGCCACCGCCUUCGCAGCAGCAGCAGCCGCGGGCGAUGAUGCCGCACGUGGGCAUGGUGCUCGCGCCACCACUGGGCGCGCACGGGCGCUUCCGUUUUUGAGGCCACACGUGCACAAGCGUAGCAUGUGCAUGAUGCAUCGGUGCAUCUGCACGUAUAUACACACAUGAUGAUCUACAAGUAAACACUAUCACGUAGCAUGUUCUUUAUACUCUACUUUUAAUUGGGGAUGACGAUGAACGUACCUAGUGUUAGUUUUGAGCAGAAUCGCCUGUCCUUCCGUACAUGCGAGUUAGGGCUCCCCAAGAUGCCUACUUACGAUUACGACUGAAAUGUUUGUAAUCUUGUGCAGAAUCUAAUGCGCAAAGUAGCUAAGGAUCAGUAUGUAUAGCUAGGUUGGGUGUUUCUCUUCUGUUUGUAAAGAAGGAUGUACUAAUUACAAGGGUGUAGAUUUUGAUGCUCGAUCUCAUCGACCGGAACAUUGGAGUACUAGUAGCUACAUGUGUAAAGGUCUGGAACUCUGAACUGAAGCUGUAUAAGAUCCAAGUGAUGAUAUGCUAUGUGGUUUGAUUAGGGUUCUUAAUAACUUA